AUGUAAUAUUUUUAUUAAUUAAGACUUUUUUUUGAUUAAAGAGAUUACUAUUUAGCAAUUGUUCCAAUUACUUAUUCAGUGGUAUAAGUAAGGUCAUUUAUAAUUGAUGGAAUUGGUUAAAAUAAAAAAUGUUUCAUACUAUUAAACUUAUUCAUUCUGUGAUUGAACUCAAAGAAUUAAAAGAUACUUUAAAUUAAGAUAUCAGAAGUAGGUCUAAAAUACUUUUCCUAACUCUUAUUUUAACCGAAAUGACUUUCACAUGGAAUCCAAUUACAAAAGGGAAAAGUAUUAUUUUAUCAAAUAAUAAUUUGACUACAAAUAUAAUAGGAUAAUCAUGAUUAUGUUACUGUUUUUGGGACACUAGCAUUAAUUUCUUGAAAGCAUUAUUGGGAAAUUAAGAUUAAAAAGUAUGUCGAGGAGGAAGAAGUCUUUAUAGGAAUAGUAAAGUAAAAGUUUGAGUAUUAAUAAAUUAGAAAAGUGAUUGACUUAUAUAUUUAACCAACUACUACUAGAAAUUUUUAUGGUUAUAUUUGUUUAUACGUAAGAACAUUUGAAGCUGAUGGGUUGAUAAGAUAUUAUGGAUACUAAGCUAUAUAGAAUGAUACAAUAUGUAAUCUAUUUAAAUUUAGAAAUGGUAUAGGAGGAACUUUAUGACUUUAUCGAAAUGGUUUUAGAUGUGGAGAAGCAUUUAACAAUUUGA